GCGCUCGGCCCGCAGCCCUGCGUACGGAGCGCGUCGUACUCUGAGGCUCGCCAACAUGUCGACGGCAAUGAAUUUUGGGUCCAAGAGCUUCCAGCCGCGGCCCCCGGACAAGGGCAGCUUCCCUCUAGAUCACUUAGGUGAAUGCAGAAGCUUCAAAGAGAAGUUCAUGAAGUGUCUCCGCGACAAUAAAUUUGAAAACGCUUUGUGCAGAAGGGAGUCAAAAGCCUAUUUAGAGUGCAGAAUGGAGAGGCAGCUGAUGGCACAGGAGCCCCUGGAAAAGCUGGGAUUUGGAGAUUUGACUGAUGGAAAACCAGAGGCAAAAACUAACUCGUGAUGGAAAAAGACCACCGGCUGCCCCGCCUUCUGGGAUGGAGUGUGUUGUGCGACCUUGUCAGCUGACAGCUUAGGGUCAGGUCCUGUGAUGGAGAGGUUCCAGAAUGCCCUCCUUGACAGAAAGAGCUCAUCCCGAUGUUUCCCAGGUUGUUUUGAAAACUUACUAUUACUUUUAGAUCUCAUUUUUCCCCAAGAGUGUUAGGUUUUAUCUUUACAUCGAGUGUGGUGGAGUUCCUAAGGAGACCUGUGGCAGGUGGGAGGUAGGAGUGCGGAGUCGUGCCCACCUGGCAAGGGGACACGUGGCCUGGGGGACACGGUGACUCCACAGUGCUGGCGUGCUGAGUGCUCGCAGCUUCAUCCUCCACGGAGAUACAGGUGCUGUCAGAAACCUCUCCCAGGCAGAAACGGUUUCCUUGUGCUUCUGGGCACCAGUUCACUUCCUGUUUUCCUAAACAAAAUAUGAACUUGGGAAGGAGAGCACGUCUGGCCUUUGACAUAUUUGACCUAGUGAUGUUUCCGGUCGUGCCUGAACACCAAGUACCUUUUAACCAAAGGCUCAUUUUAUGACCUGUACAGAUUGUGUUUAUAAAACUAGUAACA